CAGGCGAAGGGGCAGUUCAUCUUCUUACAUCUUUUCCUCGUCUACAAUCCCCUCUACCCGUCCUGUAUGGUGGAUAUUAUUUUCAGCUCUUCUUUCUUGGGUGAUAUGGGGGAUCAUUCCAAAAAGAAGCCAGGAUUCGCGAUGUGUGUAGGAUGUGGAAGUCAGAUCCAUGACCAGUACAUACUGAGAGUCUCUCCCGAUCUGGAGUGGCACGCAGCCUGUCUAAAGUGUGCGGAGUGCAGCCAGUACUUGGAUGAGACCUGUACUUGUUUCGUCCGGGACGGCAAAACCUACUGCAAAAGAGAUUAUGUAAGGCUGUUUGGAAUUAAAUGCGCAAAAUGCAACCUGGGAUUCAGCAGCAGCGAUUUGGUGAUGAGAGCUCGGGAUAACGUGUACCACAUCGAGUGUUUUCGGUGCUCCGUGUGCAGCAGGCAACUGCUGCCGGGAGACGAGUUUUCUCUCCGGGAAGAGGAGCUGCUGUGCCGGGCAGACCACAGCCUGCUGCUGGAGAGGAGCUCCGCAGGAAGCCCCGUCAGUCCCGGACACAUCCACUCCAACAGACCGCUGCACCUGGCAGCAGAUCCUGUAACGGUGCGGCAGGCUCCGCAUCGGAACCACGUCCACAAGCAGUCGGAGAAGACAACGCGGGUCAGGACGGUGCUGAACGAGAAACAGCUCCACACGUUGCGGACCUGCUACAACGCCAACCCGAGGCCGGACGCGCUGAUGAAGGAGCAGCUGGUGGAAAUGACUGGCCUGAGCCCAAGGGUUAUCCGGGUCUGGUUCCAGAACAAGCGCUGCAAAGACAAAAAGAAAUCUAUCCUCAUGAAGCAGCUCCAGCAGCAGCAGCAGAGCGAUAAGACUGUAAGCAUCUUCAGCCUGCAGGGCCUCACGGGGACGCCACUUGUGGCUGGGAGUCCAAUUCGACACGAGGGGAACGUGCAGGGAAACCCAGUGGAGGUUCAGACCUACCAGCCUCCGUGGAAAGCUUUGAGUGAAUUCGCCCUGCAGAGCGACCUGGAUCAGCCAGCUUUUCAACAACUGGUGUCUUUCUCUGAAUCGGGAUCUCUCGGGAACUCCUCGGGCAGCGACGUGACUUCUUUGUCUUCUCAGUUACCGGACACCCCGAACAGUAUGGUACCCAGCCCGGUGGAGACGUGAAACGGGGCCAUCCAUCCAUCCUAAUGGUCAUCCCUCCUGCAAGGACAGUUGCAGCAUGAUCCCGGUCCCUUGCAUGUGACCAACUCAUCACAUCGCCCGAAUUUUCAGUGGAGAAAGCAUUUUUUUCCUGACACGCAGAAGUCGGAACCAAGAGAGCACCAAUUGACUCCGACUUUUCUUUUUCUUUCUUUUUUUCCGGAGUUUUCAUUGACAAAAAACUAAGCAGAACAAUUGUUGCAUGACUUGAUACGGAGAACGAAGAUGUACAGAAUACCUCCCGAUGGAUAUAUUACAACAAACCAACCGUCAGAAACAAAUUGGAAACAUUUCCACGGUGAUCCAGAUGGACAUCUUGCAAUUUAAUGUGAUCAUAAUGUGUCUUGUUUUUUUUCAACAUGAGAAUUUUUGAUACAUUCAUUUCGUUGUCGAGUCCAGUUGACGUUUUGUCUUAAGGUCAGAGCAUGAUAAUCUGCAAAGUAUUCGUGUUGUAAAAUAUUUUAUCUUAAGGGCAAGAAACAGGUUGUUUGAGCUUCUCGAACAAAAAGUAAAUUAUUGUUAUAUUAUUUAUUGUUAGGAAAGCGAUUCGCUAAGGGAUUAUUAACUGAGAAAAAAAU